AUGAAUUGCUUAGAUAAAGAAUUAGAAUUGAAUUAACCUGCUCCAUAAAAUUAUUAUGAUCUUCAAGAUUCUGACCAAGAAGAUAAAAAUCAUUGCCUUCCUGAAAACAAGUUUUUUUGUCAAUAAAUUGCCAACCAUAAGUUUGUAAUAGGAAUAUCUAAACCAGGGCAAUAGAGAAUCGGUUUAUAAACUAUAUCAAAGAAUAAAAUCACUGUUAAAGGAAUACUUGGAAUUAAUGAAUAAUUAUGA